AUGACAUCCAUAGAUACGUUACCACUAGCGACGACACCUACCACAACAACGACAACCACAACAACAAUCAUGACUACAACAAAGAACCCUUCAUCCAACGACUCACCACCGUUAUCAUCAGCAUCUACAACAACAACCACAAUCAUUGCAGCUUCCUCAUCAUCAUCAACAACAACUCCUACUUCAUCUUCAUCUUCAUCAUCCGCCGCUGCCGCCACUUCAUCAUCAUCAUCCUCUACAGCACAUCGUCGAACACAUUCUAGGAAUAUUAGCAUUGGUGGUGGAAAGAACGUAGCUACCUUGCAUGACUAUUCCUUUUCAUAUCUAUCUAAACAACCUAAUAAUAAUAACAACAACAACAACAACCUACAACAACUAGAAGAACAACCGAAACAAAAGUCAACAAAGCAAUCGAGUAAUAUUACACCUCAUAAAGGGGCAACCAUUAAAAUCACAAGAGAUCUAUUACAACUUUAUAAAAUAUGUAAUCCCAAGUUUAGUUAUAUAUCGACAUUGAAUCCACGAAGAGUAUUAACGCAUCCAUCCGAAGGAGUAUCUAAUUUUGGUCAUGAUAAUGGAAACUCUGAUUUGAUCAUUUAUGUUGGAGAUAUUAUUGGUUCAAAUUAUAAUCAAAGAUUUAAAGUAUUGGAUUCACUUGGACAAGGAACAUUUGGACAAGUUGUAAAGUGUCAAAACAUAGAUACAAAUGAAUUGGUGGCAGUCAAGAUAUUAAAAAACAAACCUGCAUAUCACCAUCAAGGUGGUAUAGAAGUGCAAAUGUUAAGAUUGGUAAGGAGUUUAAUUUAUCCAAAUACUCUACAUAGAAGAUCAAUGUUAAACACUCAAUAUGAUCCUGAAGACAAAUCCAAUUUAUUAAGAUUAUUGGAUGAUUUCAUAUUCCAGGAUCAUUUAUGUAUAGUGUUUGAAUUGUUAAGCGUUAAUCUUUUCGAAUUGAUCAAACAAAAUAACUUUAGAGGAUUAUCAACCAAUCUCAUCAAAGUAUUUCUUAUUCAAAUUUUGGAUGCACUUGUUGUUUUAUCAAGAGCCAAUAUGAUUCAUUGUGAUUUAAAACCAGAAAAUAUAUUACUUCAAUCUGUCAAUUCACCAAAUAUUAAAUUAAUUGAUUUUGGAUCAGCAUGUUUUGAAAACAAUACAGUUUAUACAUACAUACAAUCGAGACAUUAUAGAUCACCAGAAGUGUUGACAAAUGUUGGAUAUACAGGUUCAAUAGAUAUUUGGUCGUUGGGAUGCAUAUCGGCAGAACUCUUUUUAGGAUUACCAUUGUUCCCAGGUACCUCUGAAUAUAACCAAAUAUGUAGAAUCAUUGAUAUGAAAGGUUCUUUUUCACAGGAACUAUUGGAUACUGGAAAAAAUACACUUCACUAUUUUAAUAGAUCGAUUGAAAAUGGAAAAACUGUCUAUACUUUAAAAACUGAAGAAGAAUAUUCAAGAGAAACAAAUCAAACAUUACCACAAUCAAAGAAAUAUUUUAAUUAUAAAACGCUACCAGAUAUCAUUCAAAAUUAUACUUUUAAGAAAAAUAUAUCUCCUUUGGAACUUGAAAAAGAAAAACAAAAUAGAUUAGUUUUUACAGAUUUUGUUAGUGGUUUAUUAAAUUUAAAUCCAAAUGAAAGAUGGACAGCAGCACAAGCUAGAGAUCAUCCAUUUAUUACUGGUGCGACAUAUACAGGCCCAUUUAUACCAGAUCCAGCAAAGAAAAGAGUUGUUUCAACACCUCCAAGACCAAUACAUCUUACACCUCAAUACCAUGGAAUCGGUGGAGGAGCAGGGUCUUCACAGCAGGCAGCUGGUAGCUUUGGCAAGAAGCUUAGUAUGGGUAUCCCGAUUGGAUCGCUCAAACAAAUGUCAAACGAUCAAUACAAUUUCCCAGAAUCCUAUUCACCUCGUGGACUAUAUGGUGCCAACCCGUAUAAUGCCAACCCAACAACAGCAUCUUUGGCUUUGGGUCAAAGCCCUUCGCUGUUUGGUGGUAAUCCAACCUACUAUUUGAUGGGAGGUGGGGCUGGAAGUGCAGGUGGUGCAUCGACACCAGGCUACUUUCCAAAUAGUUGGGGUGAUGGCCUCAGUACAAUGGUCAAUAGCAAGCGUGGUAGAUCAAAGAGUGAUGCUCCAACAGGUCAAAAUAAUAAUAACAAUAAUAAUAAUAAUAACUAUCAGCAGCAGCAACAACAACAACAACACAUGUUACCACAUAUAAUGAGUGGAAGUUCUGGUAAUGAUCUACUUCCGCCGGUAGAGAAUGAUGGCAAUGGUGGUGGAUUGGCUUCAUCAUCUUCAUCAUCGUAUCAACUUGGCGAUAAUGACAAACCUCCCAUUUAUCCACUCAACUCACCACAGAGAAAGCGGUCACAGUCGGGUCAUGUGCAGCAGCAACAACAAGAUCCAUAUGGAGGGUAUCCCCCACCACCCAUCACUUUUAUUCCUCGCAUACAUCUUGAUCAUGGUGUUCCACCAUCGCAUUACAACAAUUCAAAUAGAUUUAGAUCGCAUAGUUAUGGCGACCAACAAUACCAGCAACAACAAUAUCAACAAAUGCAACAGCAACAUCAACAACAACAACAACAACAGAUGAACAAUUUAAAGAUACACAAUUCCCCAACCUUGUUGCAACAUUCUGCUCCUCAGAUUUUCGAGCACCCACAUCACUAUGGAAGAUACCAUCAUCAACAACAUAUGCAGCAACAACACCAAAUGAUUGGGCAGUCACCACCUUCCCACUCACCUCCUAUCCCACAGUCUCCUCACCAACACUUUACAUCGCACAGCGUUCCACUCACCCCACAGCUGCUGUCGAGCCAGCCCCCCUCCUCAUCUGUCGCGGCCAUGAUGCAAGACCCCACGCUCAGCCCCGCGCUCAUGUCUCUGGGAGGCGACAACUUGAUUUACGAUCGAUCACCAUCCGAGGAAAUGUUGUUCCCACUCGAGGUGACUCCACAACUAACUUCACAGCAACAAAAGCAACAAAAUGGUGGUGGAAAUCAAAACUCUAGUCCUGUGGGCAAUCGGUAUCAGCAACAGCAACAACAGCAUCAACAUUACAACAACAACAACAAUAAUAAUAAUGGUGGUGGUUGGAAGAUGGAUGACAUGGCAAGUGGAUUUAAUGGAUUACAAAUUGGCGACGGUAGUGCACCCGGAAAUUGGAUUCCAUCUAGUCCCUACAUGAUUCCUCCGUUUUCGAUCCAAGGAUCAAAUGACGGCUCCUCCUAUGACGAUCCGUCGAUCAUUGGAUUCAGCCCGUACGUCACGCCAAUGGACUACCGCAGACAACAAAUAUUUCAAUCGCCUCCCUCGUCGUACAACAGUAAUAGUGGUGCCAUGGGUGGUGGCAGCUUUAAACAGUCACCUCCCACCUCUAAUCGAACCUUUAACGAAUUAAACUCUAGCUCAUCUAACCUUACAUUUACUAAUAACAACAAUAACAGCUCGAAUCAACAUUACCAUAGCUUCAACAACAACACCAACAAUUUUAACAAUCAUUUCUCAACAUCCCAUCCACACUCUAAUUAUUCCGCACCUUCCAAAUCAAACCAACCCCAACUUUUACAACAAUCACCUCCAACAAACUUUGGAAUUUCAGCUGGUCUACAACAACAUCAACAACAGCAGCAGCAGCAACAACAACCAAACAAAACCAUUAAAAACAGGCCAAGAAAUGAUGCCUUUUCAAGGACUUCUCCUCCUUCUACCAGAUCAUUGCAGCAUCAAUCACCAAGUAAAUCAAUGUCUUUCCAACAACAACAACAACAACAACAACCUCAACAAUCAACACUUUCACCAAAUACACCACCUUUUAUUCCUCAAUCACAUACACAACAACAACAACUUUAUAAUAUUCAUUCAAAGGAAAGAACUGAAAUUUUACAUCAACAACAACAACAUCAACAUCAACAACAUCAACAACUUCAACAACAACAACAACAACAUCUCCAGCAAUUUCAACAAAAACAACAACAACAACAAACUUUACAGCAACAACAACAACAACAAAAUUUACAGCAACAACAACAAAUUGAUGAUCAAAAUCAAGCCAAUAAUCAGAAUAGAAAGCUUUUCAUUGGAACUUUUAGGGAUACUUCGUCACCUCCAUAA